CCGACUGCGGGAAGGGGAACUGUCGGUGACAGUUUGGGGAAGGAUUUUUGCUCCGGGAGAGACGGAGUCUUUCUGGAAGCUGGGAGGAACUCGGGAUUCGGAUGAUUGGGCCCUCGGAGAGGAGGGAGAUUGGGAAUUUGUGCUCCUGGCAUCCUUGUGACCUUACCAGAAUUAAGAGUCGUGAGCAAGACCCUCGGAAUUUAUUGGAGGACCACAGAGGCGCCCACUCCCCCAUCCCCAUGCACUAGUGGACGAUGGCAGCUGACCCAGGACCCCGAGAGAGCCUCGGAGGCUAAGGGAAGAGAGCCUCCUCUCCCAUCCCGCAAUGUGGCAUCCGCUGAUUCUGCUGCUGCUCCGGUCCGCCCUGGCACCCCUCUCCUCUGCGGCCCCAAUCCGCGAAACUGACUCCCAGGAGAUAUCCUCAGGUUUUCUAGGCCUCCAGAGCCUACUCCAAGGCUUCAGUCAACUUUUCCAGAAAGAUGACCUGCUACAGGGUCUGGACAGCUUCUUCUCUGCACCCAUGGACUUCCGGGGCCUUCCUAGGAACUUCCACCAAGAAGAGAACCAGGAACGUCACCUAGGGAAUAACACCCUCUCUGGUCACCUCCAGAUCGAUAAGGUAACUGACAAUAAGACAGGAGAGGUGCUCAUCUCCGAGAAGGUAGUGGCAUCCAUUAAACCCAAGGGGAGCCUGGAAGGUGACUGGAAGGUACCCAAGAUGGAAGAGAAGGAAGCCCUGGUUCCCCUCCAGAAAUUCAUGGACAGCUUUCACCCAGAACCGCAUCCCCGAGUAUCCUUCUGUAACAUGAAGCUGCCACGGAGGAGGUCCCACCAGGAUGCCCAGGAGGGUCACUGGCUCAGUGAGAAGCGGCAUCGCCUGCAGGCCAUCCGGGACGGGCUCCGAGAAGGAAGCCAUGAGGAAGUCCUGGAAGAUGGGACCCAGGGCUCCUCCUACUCUAAGCUGCCUGCCCGCAAAACCCACUUCCUGUACAUCCUCAGGCCCCCCCAGCAACUAUAAGAGUGGGGACCGGAAACCCACACCAAAUGGAAAUAAAAUUCUUCUUACGUCAA